AUUUUGAGAAAAUGUCCGCGUGCUUGAAAGAAGUGUGCAGAUGAAGACCACUUUCGUUUAGGAAUACAAGGACAGAUUCGCCAAGAUGCAUCGUAAUCCAGUUUGCCCCAGCUGCAGCCACAGCUUUAGCAUUAGAGAUUCAUCUCACAUGCACAACACUAAGCAGCCAUUACUGUUGCAAUGUGGCCAUGCUUGCUGUGAAAAUUGUCUGAACAAAUCUACCAGGACCAAGAAAGACCAUGUUGCCUGUGUUGUGUGUCAGUCUGUGACAGAUCUAUCCCAUACUGAGAAGGGAGUGAAAUCCCUUCAACCUGAUGUGUAUAUCAAUGGCGUACUGUACAUCAACAGAAGCUCCCGCUUGGACAUUGAGUUGAAGCGCCUGACGCCUGCAGGUUCUGUUUCCCAGAAGCUGAGGAGAGAUGUGGUCACAGGGGGAGUGAUGAAAAGUGUGAUAUGCAGUGAGUGUAAGAUUAACAUGGCAACAUGUCGUUGUAUCAAAUGUGCCAGCAUACUCUGCGGAAUCUGCUUUGAAAAGAUUCACGGUGGAUUCAAUAUUCUGCGGACACAUCAAGCCUCGGAGCUAGAUUCUGAUGUGGAGGAAGAAGUGAUAAGGCCGUCCACGUCUAGACUGAUGUGUGUAGUACACAACAAGCAGAUAGAGUACCACUGUGAGGUUGAUAACACACUAGUCUGUUCUACCUGUGUUAUCAGCGGGGACCACAAGAGCCAUGAAGUAACAUCCAUGGAGGAUAAAAACAAGACAUACGUAGAUGAACUGGAAUCUCUGGUACAGACAGCUUCUCGAGUCCUGAAAAGGUUAAAGAUUUCCGAAAAAAGUCUGAAGCAAACAGAGCCUGACUACACAAAUGACCUGAACAGACUGGUGGGAGAGGUCAAGUCACACUUCAGGUGGCUUCACGGCUGUCUGCAGAUCAGAGAAAUGGAGAUUAUAAAUGAAAUUAUGGCAAACAUAAACUCGCCAGAUUCUGAGAAAUCUGGAGUGAUGCAGGAUAUGAGAUCACAACUAAAACAAGCUCAAACUCACUUGACUGGAUUAAUUCAAGAUGCCAAGAAAGUGAUAAACAACUACAGUGAAGUUGUUCUGAAUGGCAAGGACAUUUUGGACCGCUUGGUAGAGGCUACAGGAAUGCCGUGUACACUUGUAAGCAGUGAAAAACCUGACCAAUGUGAGCUGAAGGUGGAAUGGUCAAGUGAUAUCCAGAAGGCCAUACAAAACCAUGGGGCCGUUGUCGGGAGUUUGGAACCAACGGUGACUCUUGUGACUCUGUCAGAGAGUGGACCAGACGUAUCGGACACCGUGUCGGAGUCAGGCAGUGUGGUGUCCAGUUCAGUCUGUGACUCUGAUGUCAUAAUUGAAGAGGAGAAUGAAGAAACUCUCAGUCUCUCAGAAACAGCUUCCACCACCUCCAGAUCUCUUAGUCGUCAGAGCUCCGCAGAACGUCCCAGAAAUAAGCCACGAUCAGAGCGGACCAGCAGGAGAAAUGACGAAACACGAGAGGUGGAAGUAACUCAUAUCAAAAGUCCCAGCUGCUUUCUGGUACAGCAGACCUCUGACAUGAGGGAUCUGACACAUCUACAGAAAAUUAUCAACAAGUGGUGCAGAUCUGAGGACAGCCAGAAACACAGACCAGAGAAACUCUCGCCUGGGGACUUGGUGCUAGCCUGCUACUCUCAGGACCAGACCUGGUACAGAGCUCGUGUGAAGCAUGUUGUCACUAAGAAAUCUGACAAAGACAACCCAGACAAGGAGGUGCUUGUUGGCGCAGAUGUUGUGUAUUUUGACUUUGGCAAUUCAGAGGUGGUUCCUGUUGGCAGACUUCUAAAGAUGCAAGCCAGAUUUAUGAAGCAUCCAGAGUUUGCUAUAGAGUGCUGUCUCUAUGAUAUUGUCUAUUUGGAAGGGCAAGCUGGCUGGUCUCCAGAGGCUGUCCAAACCUUGUUUGAAAUGACAAAUGGGAAAAAGAUGACAAUGCAUGUGAUCCAGGAGGUGAACAAUGUGCUGCAUGUAGAUCUGUGUAAACCUCCAAACACAGACAUCAGAGAUGACUGUGCCAUGUCAGUCAGGGACGCCCUUGUCUUCAUGGAGCUGGCCAAUUACUACUCACAGUCUCACCCAUCGGUCACACCCAUAGGUUAUACACCAAAACGACAGUUUAUUCGUCCAGAGCCAAAGAAUUGUCGAGAGACUUUUGAAGCUGUGAUAUCCCACUGUAAUUCCCCAGACAGUUUUUAUGUUCAAGAGCUGGGGAUUGACAGCCAUUACCUGUACACCAUGAUGAUGGAGAUGCAGGAGUUAUAUAGUAACGACAGCACUGGCAUCUGGAAUAUACUCUGUCCACAGAAAGGAAUGGUGUGCGCUGCCCUAUUUGAUUGUCAGUGGCGUAGAGCGCGAGUCGUAGACCAUCCCCAAAAGAGGAUGGUCCAGGUCCAGUAUGUGGAUUUUGGUAACACAGGUAUAGUGCCAGCAUUAAACCUGAAGAAAUUGCUGGACAGGUUCCUCUAUCUGCCAACAUUUGCAAUUCACUGUCAGUUGGCUGAUGUUAUCCCUGUAGAGGAAGAAGGCUGGACACCUAAGGCCUAUGAGUGGUGUAAGAGAGUGCUGGAUGGCACAAAGUGCUCAGCAACUGUAAUUAAGAGAAGAUCAGAAAAGCUGCAUCUUCAGUUAGUGGCUGUGAUAGAAGACAUUCAGUAUUGUGUCAACUGGAAACUCGUCAGAGACAAACUUGCUGUUAGUACUGGUAAAAGUUCAAAACUAUCUACAAAGACAGACACAACAUUUAUGGAAAACAACCCAUUCGUGUCUCACAAGAAUAUAAUGAAAGCGGAGGCAGACAGCACCUCAGACACAGGGAACUCUGAAACUAGUGAAACAAGGCCCAAGAAAGUCGCCAACCGUAGGAAGAAGGACAGACAGGAAAUAGUCAGCUCAUUCCUACACUUGCCACAUUCAGUGUUGUCCUCCUCAAUAACUAGUCUCCCUUAUGAAGGCGGCGAUAGAAAAGAUCUGCGUGUGAAAGUAGCGUGUAGAAAUGAGCCUGCUGUGAAAGCCAUGAGCAAUGGAGAGCGACAUGAGGCUCGUAGCACACCGUCAGAUGGGGUUCUCACCUCCUCUCAGAAAGAUUCCACCGAAGAGGAAGUGAGAGGGCGAACAAAGGCUGCCAAGAAGAAAUUAGCCAAAAAGAAGAAAGUGGCUACCCCACCCAACAACCAGUCAUUGAAGGUUGUCAGCAAACCAGCCAGUAAAUCUCCCAUUGGCCUUCAGAUUGUGGUGACGCAUUGUGAAUCUCCAGGCAAGAUCUACUUGCAAAUGGCUACAGCUCUGCAGGAUGGGCUGGAAGGUUUAAUGAAGGCCAUGAAAGAGACGUAUGCUAGAGUGUCCCCCGCUGAGGUCUCCUGGAAACCCGGGGAUUACUGCGCUGCCAAACGCUCUGACGACAGGUGGUACAGGGGAAGGAUCGAGAAGAAAAUCAGCGAAUCAAAGAUGGAGGUGUUCAUGGAAGACUUUGGUUUCACAGAGGAAAUGGACACAUGUGACCUACAAGGACUCAGCGAUGUGUUCAUCAAAAAUUACGGCAGCUUUUGCCAGCUUUGCCACAUUGCUGACAUCUUGCCAACUGGAGAUGUCACAAAGUGGUCCCAAACUGCAGUGGAGUUUGUCUGUGCAGAACUUCGCAAAAAGACUUGUUUUUUAGUGAAAAAGGGAGAGAAAGAUGAAAGUGGUUCUCAGCCCAUUGAUCUGCUGAUAGAGGUGUUAAUACAGGAGUCGGCGCUAGAGCCUGCCAGUCGGGACUACUACAGUCUGUGUGAGAAACUCAAAGAGAAGGGGUUGGCCAUGCCAGUCAGAAGAAAAGUCACAAAAACAGACUUUAUUAAAGAAAAUCCGGCUGCUGCAGCAUUGGCUGCUUUGACUCAGACGCGGGAGAAACCAGCAGAAACAGUUACCUCCCCUACCUCACCCACCUCCCCUAUAGUGGAGCCACACAUCCUGCUGAAGCCUCCAUGUGCCUUUUACAAACCUGGCGAAUUGCCAGAUUGCACCUCGCUAACCGUCAUCCCAACCUUUGUGGACUAUGGCUGUAUUAUAUAUGUGCAUGUCUUAGAGAAUGGGGACACGGACCAACUACUGACGGAGUCCAUGCAGACUUAUUUCAACCAGCCCACUCUUUAUGGUACGCCCACAGAAUGGGUGGUAGGGCAGGCCUGCGCUGCUUACUACUCUGUUGACCAGAAUUGGUAUAGGGCUAAAGUCAUUGAACUGCCAGUCACUGGAGAUCAGCUCAGGGUUCGCUACAUAGAUUACGGGAACUCUGUGUGGCUAUCCAGGGACCAGGUACGGGCUGAUGUGAACCAGUUUGUUGACAUCCCAACACAAGCCUUCGAAUGCGUCUUACACCAAAUUAAACCUCUGACAGAAGAUGACCAGGGCAUCUGGCCAACCGGUGUGGUGGAACUCGUCCAUGAUUUGCUGGUCAAUAAAGAGUGCAUUGCUGUGGUAGAGGAAGUUCUGGAUGACGGACAGCUGUCAGUGGACAUUACUCUGCCAGACGGUACAAAUCUGUCAGACUUGCUGAUUAGUGAGAAUCUGGCUGUCAGAUUUAUCAGCAUUGAGGAGAUGGCAAAACUCAGCAACAACAUUUUAGAAGUGCUCAAGGAGAAGAAUCCUUUUGACCUCUGUGACCUUCCAGGUCCUGAUACAUUGAUCCCUAUUGUCCUCACCCAUGUGGAGAUGCCAGAUGUGGUGUAUUUCCAAAGAGGCCGGCCGAAUCCUGAGGAAACAGACAGCUACUCCCAGAAAGUCUCCAAGGAAUUGACUGCUUUGGAAAAGCUGUUCUCCGAGAUCAAUACUUUUGCCCCAACAGCCCUGCUCUUUGAAAAACCACGUUCAGGAGCCCCGUGCUGUGCUCAAUACAGUGCUGACCACUGCUGGUAUAGAGCUCUCAUGAUCUCGGUCCAGGAAGACAAAAGAAAAGCAUAUGUGUGCUUUGUGGACUUUGGAAACUCAGAGUAUGUCUCAUUUGAUAGGUUGAGGAUAAUGCCUGCUCAGUUCAUGAUAUUACCAGCCCAGGCUUGUCGCUGCCAUAUCAGCAACAUAGCGCCCUCUGCUGGCCAGUCCUGGAACCAGGCGACGCUGGAUGCCAUGCUACAUGUAGUUAAGGAGAACAUGAAUGAGCUCAAAGCUUGGCUGAUAUCUGUUGGUCCCCAGUGUUCAGCCAUACUGUACAGAUGUGAAGAAGAAUUGGUCUAUCAAAGUCUGAUUGACCAAGGACUGAUUGUCCUGAAAACGACUGACAAUGGGAAAAUGGAAAAGAGCACAUUACAUGACUGGGGAGAUAUGGUCGAGGAUGAAGGCGAUAUUGAUUAUCAGAACAAAUUAGACUUGGGCAGUAGCAGCACAGACACUACUUUAGAUGAUAAGAGUGAAGAGCUAUCCAAAGUGGGAGAACCCACGUCAUCUGACUCAGUUCCAAAAACUCAUGACACUGGAGGUGACAGUGACUCGAGCAGUGAUGACAAUGACAAGGAAUGGGAAACGACAUCAGGUGACAGUGAAGAAGAGAUGGAGUCUAAUGUCUGAGGCAGCUGGUUGCUAUGGUGAUAAGACAGUGUUCAUAGCAACAGAUUGAUGAACGGUGACUCAGAAUGGGAAACUGCAGAAGCUGGUGGUGAAAACAGUUAAAGUGUUUUGUUUGGACAGCAGGUGGCAUUAAGGAUGAAAAAAAAAGUACCUUUAGUAUUAACAGACUGAGAAAAAAAUGUCCUUAGAAAAUACACACAAAUGACUUUUACUGAUUAUAUAGAAUUCAAAACAGAAUACAAUAAUCUUAAGACAAGAAAGCUGGCAUGGUUUGUACCAAAACUAAAAAAUCUUGUUAAACAAGCCUUUGGUGUAUCAGAUUAUUUGUUCCUUUGAAUGAAAUGAGAAGUGUUAUCUUGUUUCGACUAUGAACAGCUUUAUAAAGACAAGUUUCUGAAAUUUUACAAUAAAAUUUGGAAGUA